UACAUCCAUCUUGUAUUGUUGUUAUCAGUGGUGGAUUUGCAAGAAAAAGAACGUCAAUUUGCAAAGCUUACAAAGAACAUUAUAUUAAUUUGGAAUUUAAUUUGGUGUGAUUUUAUUUAUAAAUGUUUUCAGUUGUUUUUUAUGUUGAAUAUUACAAUAAUUAGUAAAUACUAUUUGUAUCUAACUACAUGUGUCAAUGUUUAUUAAUAAUUGUGACAGCUGAUGGAGAGACGAAUUGUUGCGUAGGUGGAUACAGCUGCAUUGGACUAUUUUAUCAUAUGUGUAUUAAUAAAAAUUCAACGGUACAUUGUUUAGUAUCAUAAGAUCACUUCAGACUGUGUCAAACAGUCGUUUAUACGUACAGUGAUCAUGGAACAAAUGAUUGUUUUGAGUACACAAAAUCCAUUAACUUUGUUAGUAAAGUUUGGGAUGAUGGCUUGGAAUGAUACUUGUGGCAAAGAAAAUUGUUCUGGUCACGGAGAGUGUCAUAAUGGUACUUGUUUGUGUGAGAUCCAAUUUGAUGGAUUGGAAUGUCAUGUUCCAAAUUUAAGUUAUUAUAUUGCGUUUGCAACAAUAUUCUUUAUGCUGGCAUUUGUAUGUCUAAUUCAGCUUAUUAUGUGCAUUAUUGCCGAAUGGCAAAAAAUGAAAGCACCAUCAUUUCUUAGAGCUUGUAGGAUCACUACGCAGAAAGUUCUAUAUUUCAUUGUAUUUCUUGCAUCACUGAUAAGAGGAGCAUAUUUUACAUCUCCGACUGCGUUUAAGGAGGGAUGGUCUAGAAGUUUAUUAUCGGCUUAUUAUCCACUUGUUUUAAGUGGGUCUUCGUUAAUUGUUUGUUUUUGGGCUGAAGUAUUUCAUUUGAGAGACAUGUCAUGGGAUAAACCACAGUUCCUUUCAAAAUCAUUUUUGGGGUUUGUUGUAUUUAAUAUAUUAACAUAUUCUUUGCUAUUGGCAGAAUUUAUUACGGUUCAGAUAUAUUCACAAGAGUACCAGGGGUUUUAUACUAAUGUCUUUAAUGGAUGUUAUGCAGUACUCUUAUUUAUUGUCGUAGUUUUCUUCUUGAUUUAUGGAGUAGAAGUAUUCUUUAAGGUUCGAGGUGGCUUCUUGUGUGAUUAUCAAGACAGUACAAUUUUGAACAAACGCAUGGUCUCUGAUUUGAAAGUUAAUGCUGAAGAGCAAGUUACCACAAAAUUAUUUGAUCCUAUCCCAAGUACAUCACAAUCAGUGGAAGUACAGCAGCAAAUAAAUAUUUCUCAGUUGCAUCAAUCUCGUGUUGGAUUACUAUCACAAGCUUUUAUGCUUUUUAUUGUUGUCGGAUUUUUGUGUAGUGAAACAUUUGGUGAAUUUUGGAAAGCUAAAGUCCCUUUGUACAGCAGAAAUUGGCAUGAUGUUGUUUUCCGCACUAUCGAAGUAGGGGUGAUAUUGUGGUUCCCGUGUGUGCUAUGGAAUUGUUUUAGCCCAGAGCAAUUAUGGAUUUUAAAUCCGAAACGUAUUUUGAAAAGAUUAGAUCAUUCUAAAUACUUGAAAGAAAUCGAGUUACAAGAUAAAAGCGGAGAACAUGAUGCUUCACCCUUUUCGGAUGAAACAUCAAUUAGUAGUAAAGACUGUUGGAUUUGUUAUGACAGUGAUAGGCAAGAUGCUGGUCCAUUGAUACAACCUUGUCAAUGUAGAGGUGACGUAAGUGCAGUUCAUCAUAAUUGCUUGCGGCGAUGGUUAGUCGAGAGUUCUAUAAAUGCUGAUAGUCUUACUUGCAAAGUGUGUGGCACGAAAUAUAAUGUGGAACAUGCAAAUAGAUUAGAUUGGCAAAAUAGUAUAACUUCACGUCAUUGUUUGCAAACUAUUGCUAUUGUUACAACAAUGUGUGGAUCAUCCGCUGCUGCUUGGACACUCAUUCAGUUAGUAGAGGGUCCUAUCAUUCGAAUGCUUGCCGCUGGUACAGCAUUAUUGAUAAUGUACGUCUGUAUAAGGUUUUUAAGUUUAAAUACAGUAGUGGCAUAUCAACGUGCUAAAAUUUCUUCUUUAAACAUUAUUGGCUCUGACAAUAGUGGAACUGCACAUGUUUCGACUAUUAGUCACACGGUUUGCGUAGACUUGCCAAAAUCUGAAACAGCAGCAAUAUAACAAGUAUUUGCGUCUUAAAUGAUACAAAAAUCGUUAUUUCAACGGAUGGGAAUAAUAAAUUAGGACAAAAUUCUUAAAACUAAAUAGAUGUAAAUAAUAUGAAAUUGUGUAUAUUAUACACAACAAUUUUCUACGAUUCUUUACGAUUUUCAAAGUAACUAAAGUUAGUAGUUACUUGAUGCAUCGUGAAACGUGUAUUGUGUAUUGUUUCAAAGAGUGGUCUUUUGAUUUCUAAAUUUUGUUAUCUUUUUGACUAGUCUGUUAACCAGUUACCACAAUUCUUUUCAAAUUUUGGACGACUUAUACUUUUGCUUAAAGCAAUAUUAUUAAAAAAUUAUGAAGACCAAGAAAAUGCUUUUUUUCAGUUAUUAGCAUUAAUAUCAUAAUUGUUUUUGAAAUACUUAUUUUAAGAUAUUCACAAAUUUUAUGUUAAAUAAUUAAUAUUGAUGUUAUUUUUAUUGAAGUUAAAUGUGGAUUUAAAAAUAAUUUUAUAUGCGUUACUUAAAUGAAAAAAUUUGUGCGACAUUCGAAUUGGUACUUAUAAAUUUAACUAAAAGUAUCUAAAAAUAUCAAUGAUUGCGGCGGUAAAAAAAAUGUGAUUUUAAAGAAUGAAAUAUUAACGACGAAAAAUAUGAGGGUAUAAUCAUACUAUAUCAUUUUUUAAAUUACCGCGUUUUUGUAGACGUGAAAAUGUUUUUUUUAUUAUAAUCCUGGUACUAAAUAUAAAUAUACAAAUUUCAUUUUUAUAGUGGAAUGUUAUAGAAAAAUAUGAAUUAGGUAAUAAAUUAUCUCGAAUUCUAAGGGUAUAAACACAAAUUCAUUCUCAUGAUAUAACUAUAUAUGGUUACAUAAAAUUUGGUUUUAUGAAAUCAGAAACACUGUGAAUAGUACAUGUUUUAUGAAUAAUUCAUUAACAUGUAAUAGUUUUACAUAGAUAUUAAGAAGUAUAUUAUUUCUGUAGUAUACGAAUUUUAUAUUUGAAAAUACUCGUAUUUCGUAUGGCUUAGUUUUAUAGAAUGUAUAUAUAGUAUUAUGAAUAUUAAAAAGUGAUAUGUAUCUUCUAUUCUUAGCAAAAAACAUAUUAUGAAGCAUUGUAAUACUAACAAAUAUUUUUUGCUGCAUUUUUUGUAGAAGUACACAAAUUUUUUAGCUUUAAUAACUUCUGAUUAUGAAGUUAUCAUUUAUAUGGUUGUUCUAAUAACUAUUGGAAAAUAUGUUUGUAGACUACAUAAUACAAAAUAUCAAUAAUUUGCGAUUUUUUAUUAUGCAAUACUAAUAUCUGCUAAUAUAAAAUAAAAUAUUUCUUCAUUAUUACUUUUAAAAUUAAGUCCGAUUACUAAAAUGGAGUUAUAAAUAAAAAUAAAAUUUGUAUAAAAUAUCUAUUUUUUAUUAUGAAUUGGCUUGUGUAAUAAAUUUAUAUUAAACUAUGUAAAUUAAAAAAUUAUAUAUAAUACGAAAGGUGUAAAAUCAUAAUUUGUACACAUCGUAAAUUAGGUUUAAUUAAUUUCACAAAUAUUGGAAUCUUCCAACCAUGUUAAUGAUUUUCAUUAUCUUGCGGGAAAAAUUUAAAAAUAUUACUUAACAUAUAAAUAUUAAUUUAAAUAUAUAUCAGCCAUAUGAAUGAUUACAAUAGAAAAGAAUAUCAAUAAGCUGUGAUUACGAUAAACUGUAAAAUGUAAAUUAUUUGAGUAAACGAUUACUAAACAAAUAAAAAGGCCAAAACAAAAGUA